AUGGGAGACCGAGGGACGCUGAGCCAGAAGCCGAGCCGGCGCCCCCAAGUGUCUGUCUUUGUCGGAGCCUUCCGCAGGGUAAGCACGGAGCCGCGAGCCGCCAACUCGUCCGCCGCCUUCGCCAACAUCGACGACGGCGGCGGCAUCGACCCCAGGGACUUUGCGCAGGGCUACACGGACGUGCAGACGCUGAUGCUGGCCGGCGUGUGCACGCUCAUCGUGCUGGUGUUCGCGCUGGGCGCCGGAUUCGCCGUCAGGAUCGCGUGGCGGAAGCUGCGGGAGCGCGCCGCCGACGGCUACACGGGGGUGGUACAUCGCGACGACAGCAGCGACCCCCUGCAGGGGGGCCCGGGGGGCUGCCGCGGCGCCGCCGCCUCCACACACUCCAGCGGCAACCUGCUCGCCGACGAGGUGCGGCUGCAGGACGGCGCCACCAAGACGACGACGACCACGUUCACGACCUCGGCGUCGCCCGAGCACGAGCCGGUGUUCGUGGUGGAGGUGACGCAGCCGCGCGGCUACUCGGCGCUGCCCGCCUGCGGCGACGCCGACGCCGGCGCCGACGCGGGCAACCCCGGCGCCUGCAGGCAGGCCGCCCCCGCCGCCAGUCAGCGCGCGCAGGUGGGCGUGGAGGCGUCUUCGUCUGGGCCUCUGGCCAACACGGGCCUGUCGCAAUCCGACCUGAGCGUGUCAUCGGCGGGCUCGGCCAACCCGAGCUACCGCUACGGCAACCAGACGGGCUACGACGGUGGACCGUUCGGCUACCCGCAGUACGCCGGAUACUGCGUCGAGGCGGCCGCCCCCGGCGCUGGCGCCGGCGCUGCGGGGGCGGUGGACGCGGCGGCCACUGAAGCGCCCUCCGCCUCCGCCUCGGCCACCGUCACGCCGGGCUCGGCGCGCAGGCCCGUCUUCUGGGGCGGCCAGGACUCGAUGCUGAACAGCGACCAGCAGUCGGAGCAGCUGCUGUCCGACAUCUUGCAGGAGGAGCUCCUGCAGGAGGAGCAGCGGCAGCUGGGCAACGGCAGCGACUCGGCGGGUCCGGGCCUCCACCGCAGCGGCAGCCUGCCGCCCCGAGUGCGGGCCGAGCCCGCCCAGGAGGAGAGUGGGGCGCAGCAGCCAGGCAACAGGCUGGAGCCCGUGGUGGAGGCCGCCGCCCCCCGGGCCGCCUACAGCCCCCGGAAGCGCGCGUCGCUGCCCGCCAUCUCGGCCGGCCUCUGCAGGCCGUCCCCGCGUCUCGAGGGCUUCAGGAACGACAUCUCGCCGCUGCGGGAGGUGGCCGACCAGAGUCCCGAGGCUGAACGGUGCACCAGCAGCAGGACUUUGCAAGGUGGCGUCAGUGAAAAGCCUUUCGAGAACAAGUCUUUCGUGUCAACAAAUCAAAUGGCGAGCUAACUUUGUAGCUCAGACACUGUACUAUGGCCACUAGAGACACGAGCAAUGGACUCUGAAAAUGGUGAACUAGGUUUCCCUCAAUACUGAUGGGAAACGAAACCGAUAAUUAAUGUGUUGUACAAGUAUUGAACCUCAUUAUAUCCCAUGAAAACGUGACAUGUAACCAAGCAACUGAUUGUAUCAGUUACUUCUUUCAGAAAAAGUAACCGAAUCAACGUAUAUAUAAUUCUGUGACAAACAAUAAAAAAAAUCUGUGCUUCAUCUGAGCUAAACAGUGCUACUUUUGUAACUACAUUUCUUACUUAAAAUUACAGGGAGACAGAAUGGAUGG